UGAAUUUUAGGGUACAACCUGGAGUUUUUCUGUGCUACGAGUUAAGUUUGAAUGAACGUUGAUGGUUUGGCGGGAGCGAACCUAACAGAUUUUUUAACUGCGUAGUCGUACUACGAAAUGUGCGAAAUGUAUAAUUGUCCAGUAACUUAUACAGUGGAAGAAGACCGGCUGGCAUGGAACUCCGAAGAAAUGGUUCAAGAAGACCGAGUGAUUCUCGAAACGGAAAUAACGCUGAAGACUGGACCAAAUAUUACCAUGAAGAUACAUGAGGAAAGUCGCUGCAACAGCGAGCUUAGUGGCACGUUUACUGAAAGUGAAGAGGAUUCCAAGAGAAGAGCAAUCAUCAAAGUGUUGAAUGACGAUAGUGAAACUGAAGGUUACGAAGAGUCCAGAACAUCUCCAAGAACACCGAGGAAAGUGCGGUUUGGGGGCGAAUCAGUGAAGCUGCGGACACCGGAAAGCGACAGCAGCCAUCAAGCCGAAGAGGAAGACAACCAAUCCAUCUUAACAAUCACAGUUACUGAUGCAGUUUCCAUUACUACCAGGAAAAGCCUUAUUCCAGUUCGCAUUUCGUCGCUUCCAUCCAGCCCUAAGAAAAGCACUUUACCGGACCCAAAACCUUUGAAAAAGCAAUAUCAGUCAGCCCCAAAUCUUAGUGCGCUUUCGUCGAAAAUCCCCAUCAGGAAACAUGCUCUUCAGGAAAAGAAGAAAGUGGCACUGGAAACCGGUGAAACGUCUGGAAUUAACCACACAAGUUCAAAGGCUGCAGAAAAACCGGCGAGUUUAAAGCCGCCCAUAUUGAAGCACAGUCGGGCUGAAGAUGUGUUGUCUCCGGUGCCUGUUCACAAUGAAAUUGAAGUUUUCCACAAUCUGACCAGAAGCCCGGAAAGAUCCAGAAAAUCUUCGCUUACAGGUGAAAACAAGGAGGAACCUUCAGAGCUGGAAAAAGAGCGUGAGGAACCCGCGGCUCAAGCAAAGACAUACGACAGCUUUCAGGUGUACAAAGAGGUUCCACUGCUGAAAGUACCAAAAGAGAGCUCAGUAGUAAUAGAAGAAAUCACUGAAAGUAAUGCUUUGAAGGUGCACAAUGGGAAACCCUCAGCGUUGCAACAGUCGCUGUCUUCACUCACUAGUGAGGACGAAGUAUGGGCAAAAUCCGAAGCACUGGACAGCGUGGUAAAGAUGCUGAAAGAGCCGGGAACAUGCGAAUCUUUAGAAGCAGGAGCGGCCGCUCUUCUAUUUGAGGCCCUCUUUGCCUGCCAUCACCGCGACAGGCUGCACAGCCUUGCUGAUGACUCUUUGAUGAUUUUAAUUGCCGGCCUUCGGCCUGAAGUCCUGGAACGCUGCCUUCCAAGGCUGAUCCUCAGUUUGUGCAAAAUGGGCGCGUCGUCUGGAGUGCGUUGCGCGUUGGUGGCGAUGAAGAAACUGCCCCCCAAAAAGCUGCAGCUUGAAGUGCUUUCCAGAGGUUUCGGCCAUCGAACACGAGAAGGGGCUUUGCAGAUUUUGAUGGCUUGUACUCGCUUGUAUCCCAGGCAGGAUGUGGAAGUGGUGAGAAUCGCAGAAUUUGCAGCUUUGGCGCUGCGCGACAGAAGAAGGCGGGUGAGACAAGCGGCACUGGAAACGUUAGCAGCUGCAGCUCAGCUUUCAUCUGUUCACGAAACUCUCAAUGUGGUGGAGAGUGCCAUCAAGGAUUUUGGGGAUUUUGGGGAAAUUAUUCAAGUUGUCCGCACGAGAUUAUCAAGAAAACAGCUGCCCACUGUAGACUUGGACGGUUCCAUCCGCUAUACAUCUCCCAUCGAUCAAAAUGAAUCCCACUGGAUAACAGGAAGCGUGCUAAAAGGCAACGUUUCUCCUUCUCCGAUUUCGUCGGCAUCAUCAAGCAACACAUCGGCCAACUAUUGGAUGCACAACUUGAGGCAUGAACACAAUUUCAACAGCGGUUCCAUGCGGAUUAGGCAACUCUCCGAGUCCAAUGAGGAAGAUGUUUUUGAUGAUUCCUGCAAAAUUUGGACUCCAGACGCAAGCAACUGCGACACUUUAAAGGCGGCAAAUGGAUCAAAAGCUGGCGUUCUUCGCCCUGUAUAUAUCCUGCAGCCGGAGUCUGCUACUGAAAACGGCAAGCACAGUCGAGGCUAUCGCAAGUACGAUAGGGGGCGGUCAUUUUCGCCCCCGAAGCAUUUCAAGGGCCAUUUUCCUGCCGGAUUGGUCGACCCUGUUCCUAUAAUUCCAGUGCAUAGCAAUACCAAUGGAACUGAUAAGCAUUAUUCGGCUCCUGAUGCUUAUUCGCGACUGCAGUAUCCUGCAGACAGUCGGCUUCAGCAAGGCUUUCGAAAGAGUUUUUCCUCGGAUCAGCUUUAUUCUAAUGACCGGCUGCCGUCCAAGUAUGAGCCUCAGUCUUUGUCGCUUUCCAGUCGAUCGUCUUCCACAUCAACAGGUUCAUCGACAAAGAGCGGCUUUUGGUACCGAGACCUAAAAUCGGGAAUUCCACUGCCCAUCGCUGAAUCCAAACUGAAAAUCCGACACAGCACUUCAUCAAGCAUCACAUCCAAUGGGCCUUUAAUUGCCAAACGGUCAAUAACAAACAGUCCUCAACAUACGCCGGGUUCUUCGAAACCAUCGCCCAGACCUCAAACGCAUGUGGGAGAUCAUGAAUCCAUCAGCCAUCUUUCGCUGCCGCCGCCACUGUCUUCUGGUUCGGAAACUUCGGGGUAUUACACCCCUUCCCCACCCGACACCUACCCUCCUGCUUUUAUUAAAAUGGACACGGAGGAGCGGCCCAGUUCCGAUGCAGAAGAGCCGAUAGAGCAAAAUCGUGCCGAUUCGCGGUCCAAUAAAUCAGUGCUGAAUGAGGAGGGCCAGAGCCCAGGACCUGGAUCUAGAAUAGGCUCGGCCCAGCCAACCAAUCACUUCUUAGGGGAGCCUAUUCACGACAACUACCCCUCAGUGGAGUCAAUACAGCUCAACAACAACGAGGAAGUGGCCCAGUCAAGACCGCCUUCACACCAGCUUCUCCUGCAGUCAAUUCCAGCCAAAAUAGAAAUUCGGAGGAAAAGCAAAUCUGUUAUUGACUUGCCGAACUUCCUGCCCCAGAUUGCGCCAAUCAGGAAGAACGUAAACUCGGCCCCCCCUAGAAACGAGGACAACGUUCUGAACAACAAUCCAGAGCCGGACGCAACUGAUCCACUUCCUCCCAUGGUCGAUGCUGGACAGCAUCAGGAAGUAACAAAAAGCCAACAGAGCUCGGCUGUGGUGCGCAAAUCCAAGCUGGAGAGGCGCCGGUUAUCCAGAAACGACAGCAAGACCCUGAAGGCUUCACCAAGAGCUGCUGCAGAGAGCUCAAUAGCGAAGCCGCCCAAUAAACCCAAGGACGUUCUGCAGCAUGUGCUCACUCAACUGGAAGAUCCCAAUUGGGAGGCGACAGUCGAAGGGCUUCAAGGGCUGAUCAAACUUUUGAAACAAAGUCCCGAUACAGUCCUGCAGCAGAUCCAUCAGAUUUGCAUCGUUUUGGCCAAACACAUCAAGAAUUUGCGGUCUCAAGUGGCUAGAGUGGCUUGUAAUACAGCGAGUGAACUGUUUUUGACUUGUCGAAGAGCUUUGGACAUGGAAAUAGAAGACAUAGCGAUUCCACUUCUUCAACGAACAGCCGACACAAAUCGGUUCCUAAGAGCCGAUGCAAACGCGACUCUGGAUGUGAUGUGCGAACACCUUCCAACUCACCGGGUAAUCCCAGUGGUGGCGGCCAGGGGCUGUGCCCACCCUAAUUCCGUUGUGCGAGCCGCCUCUGUGCGUUUGCUCGGUGAUCUGGUACGAAGACUGGGAGCAGAGCGGGUGUUCUGCAUGCCGAAGGAGUUGCGCGAUAAACUGCUGCUGGCUGGAGCGAAUGCUCUUGCCGAUGGCAAUGUGGAGGCGCGAUCGCAUGGCAAGAGCAUGCUGAAGCAUUUGGUGGAGCAUCCAAAUUUCCAGAGGAACCUACGGGAGGCUGUGCCUCAAAAUAUCCUAAGACACAUAUCUAAAGUGCUGGCUACGAUUAAGCCUGACGCGUAAAUGUUUGGGAAGUUCGUCUUUGGCUCAAUUUUCCUUUCCAUGAAGUCGUUGUUGACACAGUUGUAAUCGAGAGUUUACUCACUUUGAAAAUUCGUUCAAAAUGGGACUCAAUCAACUUCAGAAUCCUCGAUUUUCACAAUGUAAAACAAUGUGGUUUUGAGUCAUAGACCGAAUUCUGUAUUUAAUUUAUCUUCCACUUUCAUUUAUUUAGCUGAAACUUUUGUAUUGUUACGUAGUCUUGUACUGUUAGAUAUUUUAAUCAAUGUUUAAUAAAAUUGGUCAAUAACUUAAAA